AAAAUGGUUUUAUUUGCAAAAUUAAUCAUUCUAUUGUUUUUAUAUUCCCGACUGCCUUUUACAUGUACUACGCAUACCAAGAAAGCUAUAACUUCCGAAAUAACCCGAGAAACUUCAACCUCUGAAAUAAUGUUAGAGGAAGUGGAUAAUGAUUUGAGAGAGCAAGCAGGCGUUGAAGAAUUUUUAGAUAGUUUAUUUAAACAUAAUAUUUUUUCUGAUGAAAACCAGGAAGGAUUGAUUAAACAAAUAGAAGAAAUUAAAAUAUUAUAUCCAACAGUAAUGGAAUAUUUGGUAAAUUAUCAGGAAUUUACCAAAAUGUGCGACUUUUUGAACAAGAAAUUGACAAAUAAAUAUCAUAAGAAUAAUAUUUUCAAAGAUUCCUCAAAAGGAGUGCCUGACGAAAUUAAAAACCUACAUGUUAGUUUGUCUAAAUAUUUAAAUUAA